AUGCCUCGUAAUGCUUCUGGUACAUCGAAGAAAGCAAGCAAAGAUCCAAAUGCACCAAAACGACCAUUAUCAGCAUUUUUUCUUUUUUCACAAGAUGAACGUCCAGAUAUAAAGAAAAAAAGUCCAUCGAUGUCUGUUGGUGAUAUUUCGAAAGAAAUUGGUGCUCGAUGGAAAAAAGUUAGUGAUGACGUUAAAAAACGUUAUGAACAAAAGGCUGCUGUUGAAAAACAAAAAUAUGAAGCACGUCUUUCGGAAUAUAAGAAAACUGGUGGUGGUAGUUCACCAGCUAAAGCAACAAGCAAAGGUCCAUCAAAGGUAGCAGCAGCAGCAUCAAAUAAAAGAUCACCUAAAAAACCUGCACCAAAAAAAUCAUCUGCUAAAUCGAAAUCAUCGGAAGAAGAUAAUGAUGAUGAUGAUGAUGAAGAUGACGAUGAAGAAGAUGAAGAUUAA